AUGGUCGGGCUCGGGCUGUUGAGGAUAUUGGCGCUCGUCGGGCUCGUGGUUGCUGCUCAGCCGGAGGAUAAUGCGAGCUAUGACGGGACGAGGAUCGCUAAUAGGACUAUUGAGCGCACCGCGCAACUACGGACGCACUCUAUCUACGCGCCGUAUAUCGACCAGGAUUUACAGAACAGGUGGUGGGACUUUGGCGCCGAUGCCUAUAUCAACACGAAUAAGCAUAUCCGGUUGACGCAAAACAAGCCUUCGCAAAUGGGGUGGCUAUGGUCCCGUCUACCACUAACAGCACACAACUGGGUCAUCGAGCUCGAAUUCAAAAUCGGCGACAAAUCAACACACCUCUACGGCGACGGCAUGGCCGUCUGGAUAACCAAAGACCGCGCACAGCCCGGCCCCGUAUUCGGCUCAAAAGACAAGUUCAACGGUCUAGGCGUCUUCCUUGACACCUACGCCAAUGGGAAGCACUCGUUUUCGUUCCCAAGGGUGGUGGGGAUGGUGGGUGAUGGGACUGUUAGCUAUGAUCAUGAUACGGAUGGAGAGAGGAAUAAGGUCGGGGCGUGUACUGCGAACUUUAGGAGGACGACUGUUCCUACUAAGCUUAGGAUCACGUAUGUCAAAGAUACGCAUCUAGACGUCAAGAUCCAGUUCAAAGGCUUCGACGAAUGGAAACCCUGCUUCUCGGCCGACAACGUCGUCCUCCCCAAGCACCCCUACAUCGGCUUCUCAGCCCUAACAGGCGACGUCUCAGACCCGCACGACGUAAUAGCAGUCACAACCUCCUCCGUCGUCCUCUCCGCGCCCGACUCCCAACGCAACAGCCUCAAAAAGGGAAAGAGCUUCUUCGGCUCUUCGCGCUCUUCGUCCUCCGGCGCGGGAGAAAGCGACGGUGGGAUAUUUGGAAUGUUGGUGAAGUUGGCGGUGUUCGCGGGUGUGGGGUAUGGUGGGUGGAUUGGGUGGAAGAAGUAUGGCGGGCUGAUUAUGGCGAGGGUUAAGGGCGGGCAGGGGUUGGGCGGUGGUCUUGGCGGGGGUGCUGGCGGUGGGUUUGGUGGGGCUGGAGGGUACGGCGGUGGGCCGGCUCAGUAUGGUGGAGGUGCGGGCGGGUUUGGAGGAGGACCGGGUAUGGGAUGGCAGAACGAGAAGCGGCAGUUCUGA